AUGACUACAGACACUCAUAGUUUGGAUCUUGAUUCUGGCCUGUCAUCUACAAGACAGUCCAACACCUUCAAUCAGAAAUCUGAGCAAGAUUCUACACACGGCUCUCAUGAUGAGAACGAACCAAAAGUUUUUGCCGGCCAAGAUUUAGAAUAUCAGGGGGCAUUGGGCGAUGAGGCUUCCGAAUAUCAGUCCAUGGCAGACGACACCGUCUCUCGUACCAUGAGUAGAAGACUUCUCGGCGCAGAAGAACUUUACAAGGAAGCAAGUCAUCUGUCGCUGCCACUACCUACUAUGGGAGGUGGAAAGCCAUAUCCUCCAAUGCUUCCGGACAGAGACCCAUACGCCGUCAGCUUUGACGGGCCAGAUGACCUCUCUUUUCCUCAUAACUGGAGCUUGACCAAGAAGAUCAUCACAUGUUUUGCUGUGGGCCUUUCUGCCUUCACUGUGUCCGUAGGAUCUGCCAUUUUUGCAGAAGGUUCUGAGGAGAUCAUGGCCACCUAUCAUGUGGGAUCAGUUGUGGCUACUUUGGGUACUUCAUUGUACGUUUUUGGAUUUGCAUCGGGUCCUGUCAUCUGGGGUCCACUUUCUGAAUUGUACGGUCGUAAAUUCGUGCUUGUUCCUUCCAUCUUUGGUUUCAUCUGCUUCACCAUGGCUGUGGGUGCCGCUCAGGACAUUCAAACCAUCAUGAUCUGUCGUUUUUUCGCAGGUUUCGUUGGUGCCGCUCCCCUUGUGGUGGCUCCUGCUUCCAUGGCCGAUAUCUUCAAUGCUGUGUCCAGAGGUAAGGCUAUGACAAACUUUGCGAUGGUGUUAUUCGGUGGUCCAAUGUUGGCUCCUAUUCUUGGAGGUUUCAUUGUCAAGAACCCCGGAUUGGGAUGGAGAUACUGCUCUUACUUCAGUGGAAUCAUCGGUGUUCUUUCCUUGAUUGGAAUCGUAUUCUUUAUGGAUGAAACUCACCAUGGUUUGAUUUUGGUCAGAAAGGCUGAACUCUUGAGAAGAAGAACAAACAACUGGGGCAUCCAUGCUCCUCACGAAACUGUCAGUUUGUCGUUGAAAGAGAUUUGUGAGAAGAACAUCACCAGGCCUUUGGUCAUGUUGUUUACCGAGCCUAUCUUGUUCUUGAUCACCCUUUACAAUGCCUUCAUCUACGGUUUGUUAUACUUGUUUUUGACUGCUGUUCCAAUGAUCUUCAUUGGUGAAUAUGGUUUCACGCAAGGUGUUGGCCAAUUGCCUUAUAUUUCUAUGCUUAUUGGUGUUUUCCUCGGUGGCUUUUUGUCCCUUUUCUUGGACAAGAAAUACGCCAGAACCAUCAAAGAAAACGGCGGAAAGAUUAUCCCAGAAGCCAGAUUACCUCCGAUGAUGAUUGGUGGUGUAAUCUUUGCAAUUGGUUUGUUCUGGUUGGGUUGGUCAGGAAGUUACCCUAACAAGGUUCACUGGAUUGUCCCAACUAUUGGUGCCGCGCCAGUCGGAAUGGGACUUAUUCUUAUCUUCCUUCCAUGUUUGAACUACAUCAUUGACUGCUAUUUGUUGUUUGCUGCUUCUGCCUUGGCUGGUAAUGCAUUCUUGAGAUCUGCAUUCGGUGCAGCUUUCCCCCUUUUCGCUCGUCAAAUGUUCACAAACAUGAAGAUCAAAUGGGCAGCCACGUUGUUGGGCUGUGUUUCUGUUUUAUUGGUUCCAGUUCCAUUCUUGUUCUACAAAUAUGGUAAGACUAUCAGAAGAAAGUCCAAGUACGCCUUCGACUUGAGCUAA